AUGCAAUAUUCAAGAUUAGAUCUUACCAACAUAGAAGAAAAUAAGAUGAUAGAUGUCUUUUUCUUCUUGUUCCUCUUUGCGGUGUGGAUGGUGGCUUUUGGUGUAGCCAGACAAGGGAUCCUACGAAAAAAUGAACAGCGUUGGGAAUGGAUAUUCCGAUCAGUCAUCUAUGAGCCUUAUCUUGCAAUGUUUGGUCAUUAUCCUUCUGAUAUUGAUGCGACUACAUAUGAUUUUGAUAGCUGUACCUUCCUUGGAAAUGAAUCCAAGCCUCUGUGUGUAGAAGUGGAUUCCAACAACCUCCCUCGUUUCCCUGAGUGGAUUACUAUUCCAUUAGUGUGCAUCUACAUGCUGUCCACCAAUAUCCUCUUAGUUAAUUUAUUAAUAGCCAUGUUUGGAUAUACUGUUGGAUCAGUUCAGGAGAAUAAUGAUCAAGUAUGGAAGUUCCAGCGCUACUUCUUGGUUCAAGAGUACUGUAGCCGAUUAGCUAUACCAUUUCCAUUUGUCAUCUUUGCCUAUAUCUACAUGGUGAUGAGGAAACUUUUAAAAUGCUGUUGUAAAAAUGAAUAUAGAGAUUCAUCCACUUGCUGUUCAAGAAAUGAAGAUAAUGAAACUUUGGCAUGGGAAGCUGUCAUGAAAGAAAAUUACCUUGUCAAAAUCAACAUCAAGCCCAGAGAAUCAUCUGAAGGAAUGGCCCAACAAUUUAGACAACUGGAAACUAAGCACUGCCACUACAGCCACAUCACUGGCAUCUGA